AUGUCCAACCCAACUCUCUCAAAGCAACAGCGCAUCCAAGUCUGGCGUGAAGAGGUAGCGGCCUCAGCAUCCCUUUGCACAUGCCCGCCCUCCUCCCCAGCGGCCUCCGCCUCCUCAACAAACAUUUCCCUCUCCGCGGCCUCCUCCUCGGCGUCCUCAUCUGCAUCCUCGCCGGGAGCAGGUGACGCCUUCACCUUCCCCCGUAGCGACAUCUUGCCGGGGCAAGGAACAUACUGCCCAACAUGCUCCCGCCUCGGCGCCCCGUCCGCUAUGGGUCUGGAGCCCUCGUCCGCCUACCUCGACCAGACGCAACCCGGCGCGGUUCUCCCCGGUAGCCACAUCGCUCCGGGCAUCUUCCGCGCAAAGACGGCCAACAACGCACUCUUCCGCGGCAUGCGUAAUUUUGUCCGCAAGCUCAGCGGGAGCAGGACAAGCGGGCCUAUGCCACCCCGCGGCGCCGAGGACGCAACUAAGAUGUACCGACGGGCAACUCUAGCCGGCUGGCCCACAGCCACGAAUACGGCACUAGCCGCCGAAGCAGCGGCGGCGAUGGCGGCAGGGGAUGAACCAGACGCCGAAGACGCCGACUGCGCCGUUGACGAGGCGGACUCGGAGGGCCGGGGCCAUGUGCCGAAGCUCAUCGCCGAGAAGCAAGCGAGGCUCAGGAGGGCCGAGAGGCUGCUUGCGAGGACGAACGCGGGCCGUUAG